AUGCGAGGCGUCCGUUCCCGAACGAAAUGCUCGCGGGACUCACCACCUCGUUCCGCAUUGCCUUUUCGAUCUGUCGUCACUUCGUUUCUCUCCCUUUUCGUUAUUAUUCUUCAUUACAUCGCGUCCAUUGAUGACCUGGAGAACGAGGCGAUCGGAGCAAUCUUCUUCGUGCUGAUUAUUUUGAAGCAGUUCGCCGUCGUCGUUGCAAUCUGCGAACAAGGGGAUAAAACGACGCGAACCAUUUGUUUCUUUGUCGUACGUUUUUUAGAAUAGAAAUUCUGUCAAUUUCGACAUUUUUUCAGUAUGAAAGUGUUCCUCUGUGAAGGAUUUUGAGAAAUGCUGUAGCUUUCAGUUUGCGGCCAUAACCGUCACGAUUCUCAAAAUCACUGUGGAUAUCUCAGAAAAUUAAGGAAGACAGAAAUCGCGUGCACUUCAUGUCUUUAUAAUUAUCUGAGAGAUUGGUGAGAAUUGCGAUUUUUAGUUCUAAACAUAAGAAUCGAUUUUUUAGCCAGGGUUGCCGAGAGUUUCGUCCUGGAGGAGAUGUACAUCGUGAUGCGAGAGAUGCACCAAUUUCAGCGUGA